AUGGGAAGCAGCGCGGAGUCCAUUAUUCCUUACUUGCCAGGCUCAGUCUUGCCCAUCGUGAGCCAUGGCCUUCCAUUCGAAGAAGCUAAGAUAUUCGUCCUAGCAAGUGCCUCCCUAAGCCGUCAGACAGAUGCUUUGAUGCGGCUAGAGGAAGCUCUGGGAAAUAUGGUAGUGGGAAAGAGGCAGGGGAUGAAGCCACAUGUGCUCCUGCCUGAGGUCCUCGAACUUGCGGUCCAAGUGAAAGAUUCCGGAGCAGAGUGCCUUGUUACAUUGGGAGGCGGAACUCUGGUAGAUGCAGCCAAAAUAGUGGUGUUUACACUCAAGAGGGGAAUCACAAAUACGGAGGCCCUACUAUCCGAGAUGCACGAGAGCUUGCAAUUUAAAUCCAUUCCGCCUCCCUGGGAGCCAGAUCACAAUUCAACACCAUUAAAGAUCGUUUGCAUACCGACCACACUAUCUGGUGGAGAGUUCAACCUCCCGAUCUCAGGAGGAGUCGAUCCAAUAACACUUCACAAGCAAUUGCUAUACGAUCCCACUACCCCAGGGCCAUCUCUAAUCAUAUGGGACCCAUAUUUGACUAUGACCACGCCCCUUCAUACAUGGAUUAGUACUGGGAUUCGGGCUGUUGACCACUGCGUGGAAUCUUAUGCUGGUGGUUCUCGGGUGAAUGCCGAAGCCCAAGACUGUGCGGUGCGAGCGAUUCGCUUGCUCCUUCCCGCGCUUCUACAGACGGCGAACGCUCCAGAUGAUUACGCGGCCAGACUAGCUGCCCUGGAAGGUAGCAUGUUGGCAGUUAAGGGCUCGUUCUUUUAUGACGGCCCUGCUGGAGCAAGCCAUGGAAUCGGACACCAACUUGGCCCUCUUGGAGUGUCUCAUGGUGAUACCAGCGCCAUUCUACUGCCAGCCGUUGCAAGAUUCAAUAAGCCAGCCGUUCAGGCACAACAGGAGGCGUUGCUGAAGGCUGCCUUCUGGUCUGAAUCUACAAUUAAUAGGCUACUGUCAGAAGAGGGGCUAGAGGAAGGUACAGCCGACCUUAGUCAGGUCUUGGAUACAAUUAUCAGAGCCUUGGGCUUGCCUAGAAACCUGGAGGACGUGGGGAUUGGUAGGGACAAGUUCUUACAGAUUGCGGAAAGUAGUGUGAAGGAUCGUUGCUGUCGAAGGAAUCCGAUCCCCCUCACAGACCCAGCAUCAGUGGUGAAUAUCCUUGAGUCUGUAGGCAUGGUUUAG